CAACACAAGCCUCUCUCCAGACCUGGCUAUGGCCUCCCUCUCAACCACCUCGCCGACGAAUAUGACCAGACUCAUGCCGUGUUGGGCUGGUACGACAAGGCCAUUGUCGUUCGGGAAAAGAUGAUGCUGGACGCCAUGAAUCAGCUUACCGACAAACCAGAGUGGCGACGCAAGGUCUUUGAUGAAACCAUCGUCCUGCGCUGGUGGAGUGAAGUCGUCAACGACCAAGGACCGCAAUAUCGGAGAGAGCCUUUGAACGGGAAGCCACACGGGUUUACGAAUGAGAUGUUUGAUUAUUGCAUCGACGAAUUGCGAGCAAAUGCCAAGAUGUUCGAGAAUACUGGCAUGGUCAUGGUGCUCGACGUCGGGGCCUCGGUCGUCAAGUCUGACUCUAUCAUCGACGAAGAAUUGAGAUUGGAGUUGAUCAACGCAGCCAAACCCCUGGAAGAAGUCCCCGACAAUUUCAAAGACUGGCAUCCCGGCUCCGAUGGAAAGGUUCUGGAUCUUGUUCAUCCUUCACUUUUCCCUCUAGUCUACGGACGCACGAAAAUCCUCCCCCACAGAGAGAUUGGAUUAGACGACUGCCUCGUUGCCACCGGCUCCGGAGAAGUCAUACCGCGGCCGAGUGACGACGAAACCGUUCGCGACAGCGUCUGGUAUAAUAGAAAAGCUCGUCUCUGGUCCAACAAAUUCCAGUGGUUGCCUUGCGAAGUCAAGUUUGCCGGAGAUGGUGUGAAGAUUACGAGUUACAUCAACAAUCUCCACCCUGUUGAACAUAAGAAUCUCUAUUCCGUCAUUGAAAAGGUCAUGGCCAAAGCCAUUCCUCUCUGGAGCUGCACCAUGGAGGGAUUGGCUAUUGAAGGUGACCCACGGAUUGACAGGGUGGACGGGUUCAAGUAUCCUGAGGACGGGGAACAAGAUUUUCCAGGACAUGCGGAACUGGACGACAACAUGCCGGACGACAGGCACGAGGAAAUAAAUACCGUGGUCACGUCGCAUGAUUGGGAAGAGGAUGAAUACGACUACAACGGAGACAGGACUUCGGAAGAUGAAGAAGAAGAUCGGCUGCUGCAUAUGCCGCAACCUCAUCCCUUCAAACCGGAGAUAGCGAAAGAGUGGCCAGACGAUGACCAUUUACAAAAGGAAUUUGCCAACGAGGGCUUCCAAGUCAUUGUCAAACUGGCCAACAUCGUGCUCACCCCCGAGAAACCCACGUACGACGGAGGCUCAUGGCACGUUGAAGGACAACUGAACGAGAAGAUUUGCGCGACGGCGCUGUACUAUUAUGACUGCGAGAACGUUACCGACAGCUAUCUUGCGUUCCGACAUCAAAUAAUCGAGGACGAUCUCCGAGAGUUGCCGGGACAGGGUGACUACGGUUGGGUCGAGUACCUCUACGGCAUUCGACAAGAUGCUCCCACAAUGCAGGAGCGCGGUCGCAUCUUGACCCGCCAAGGGCGCCUGCUUGCGUUUCCGAAUGUCUUUCAGCACCGCGUGGCGCCGUUUUCCCUCGCCGACCGAACCAAACCGGGCCAUCGCAAGAUUUUGGCCUUGUUCCUCGUGGAUCCCAACCACCGCAUCAUCUCGACGGCGAACGUGCCACCCCAACAGAGGCAUUGGUGGGCUGACAGCCUGUACCGCAGUGGUGCGCUUUCGGCGCUUCCGGCGGAGCUUAUUGAGGCUGUGGUUGAUGCUGUUGAUGAGCCGAUGGGGAUGGACAAGGCCAAGGAGUUGAGGGAGGAGUUGAUGGAGGAGCGAAAGGGUAUUCAGGGCGUGUUUCAUAAUGAGGUGAUUUCGUUUAGUUUCUGUGAGCAUUAGACAUGAAUCAGAUGAAAGUAUGUCGCGUCGCGUCGCUGACAUCAUCCCGCGCGGGCCGAAACCGGAGC